CCCAGAGUAAAUGGUUAAGGCGUUCGUUGCGUUGCGGCUUCAGAGAGAAGAAGCAUCAGGAGGAAUCCGCGCGCCCUCUUCCGUCAAAAUGUCGUUGGUAGCGAACGAAGAUUUCCAGCACAUAUUGCGUGUGCUCAACACAAACGUUGAUGGAAAGCAGAAGAUUAUGUUCGCUCUUACUUCCAUCAAAGGUAUUGGAAGGCGUUUGGCCAACAUGGUAUGCAAAAAAGCCGAUGUUGACAUGAACAAAAGGGCUGGUGAGUUGACUGCUGCGGAGCUGGACAAUCUCAUGGUCGUUGUUGCCAACCCCCGACAGUUCAAAAUUCCUGACUGGUUUUUGAAUAGACAGAAGGACUACAAGGAUGGCAAGUAUUCACAGGUGGUGUCAAAUGCUCUCGACAUGAAGCUGAGGGACGACUUGGAGCGUUUGAAGAAGAUCAGGAACCACCGUGGUUUGAGGCACUACUGGGGUCUUCGUGUCCGUGGUCAGCACACCAAGACUACCGGGCGCCGAGGGAAGACUGUUGGUGUCUCUAAGAAGCGUUAAAUUUCUGCUCUCCUUUUUGUUUUCCAAGCUUCUUCUGUUGAAUGCAAUAGGUUAAUAUAAUUAGUCUUUGAGAUUGGCUUGGUGGACGUCUUUGGAUUUGGCUGGGUUUUGAAAACCUUUGCCAGGUUGUAUUUCUUAUGGGUCAUUCAUUUUUGGUCGUUAUAAUAGAGAUUGAGAUAUCCCGGUUGAGUUUAUUUGUUUUUCUGUCAA